GUUCAGUUGUUGCAGGGAUCUAAACCUCGGCAUCUCGAACGGGCGGAUGACGGCUGCGUUGACGAUUGCCACAGCUUCCUCCGCAUUCUCUCCCCACACCAGCUAUUCUACCCCAUUCUAUCUGCGAACUACUUCUAUUACACCUCCUUUCCUUUUUCAAACUUCGAGAACUCAUUAUUUCUGUGGCUUAUUGACCACCAUGGCCCCCAAUAGACAAGUUAUACUCCCUGUUAUCCCUUUAGCCAAAGAUACUGUCCUCCUCCCCGGAAUCGUCCUGAGGAUCCCAGUUGCUAGCAACCGCGCUGAUAUCCCCGCCUUACUAUCCAAUGUUUACAGUCGAGCUGCAUCGAAAACCCACAGUCAGAGGCUCGAUAAUGUCAACAUCGCAUGCGUGCCGCUGGGCUCGCCUUACCUUACGAGCCAUGGCCAGAAGAUGAUAACGGGGGACGAACGGAAUCUAUCAGCGAAGCAACGUCAGGACGUGAAUCCUGGCAGUGCCACAAAGGAUGACAUAUUUGGUUAUGGAGUGGCUGCGAAGAUAACUGGAGUCGAGGGACGAGGUACCGGCGAGUUUGCUUUAUUAGUGGAGGGGAUUGCUCGGAUUCGGAUCGAAAAGGUCACCCAAGAACGCCCAUUCUUUGAAGCAGAAGUCACAUACGAAUAUGACGAUGCAAUAUCAGCGGAGGAUGUCGCAAUGCAAGGACUGUUCGCACAUCUCAAGCAGCUCUCUCGCGAACUGCUGACACUCCUUCGUUUGUCCUCGCUUCUUCCCAGGACUUCCGGAUCUGUUGGGCUAUCUCCAGUUCUUGCUCGGCGACUCGAAUUAUAUAUUGCACGGAAAGGUUUACAAGAUGCAGGCGUCUUGGCGGAUUUCAUGGCAAACAUAGUUGAGGCUUCAUUUGAGGAGAAGCUGGAGGUUCUCGCUGCUCUCGAUGUGAAGGACCGCCUCGAGAAAGCUAUUGAGCUACUUCAACGCCAAGUCGGAAACAUCAAGAACAACGUUAGCAUUACAACCUUUACAAGCACAAGUCUUCCUGCAAACAUCGACCUGGAUCAGGUGAAUCGAAUUAAUAAUCAGAGGACACGAAGACAUGGCAAUGCAGGAAUGACGCUACCGAAUGGCCUGGGGGUGGGAGCGCCUGGGGAAGAAGACCAAGAACCGAAUGAAAUGGAGGAGUUAAAGAAGAAAAUUGAAGCUGCCAAAAUGACACCAGAAGCUGCAAAGGUUGCCGACAGAGAACUCAAGCGGUUAAAGAAGAUGUCACCUGCUCAAGCGGAAUACCAAGUUACUCGAAACUACCUGGAAAAUUUGACUGAGAUCCCUUGGACUACAACCACCGAAGAUCAACUUGGUGUGGAGACAUUGACCAGAGCAAGAAAGCAAUUAGACGAUGACCACUAUGGACUCGACAAAGUGAAGAAGCGUCUCCUCGAGUACUUGGCUGUGCUCAAGCUCAAACAGUCCAUCAAUGAAGAUGUCAAUGCGCAGAUUUCAAAGGCAGAAGAAGAGAAAUCGGAAGCGAAAUUGGAGAUCUUGAAGAGCAAGAAGAUGAUCGACAAAUCGCCUAUUCUGCUCCUAGUUGGACCCCCUGGUGUUGGAAAGACGAGUCUAGCAAAGUCAGUUGCCACAGCCUUGGGACGUAAGUUCCAUCGAAUAUCUCUUGGAGGUGUGAGAGAUGAAGCGGAAAUCAGAGGACAUCGAAGAACAUACGUUGCAGCCAUGCCGGGUUUGAUUGUCCAAGGCCUGAAAAAGGUCGGGGUCUCAAAUCCUGUCUUUCUUCUUGAUGAAAUUGACAAAGUUGGGACAUCGAAUUUUCAUGGUGACCCUUCUGCGGCCAUGCUCGAAGUUCUAGAUCCCGAGCAGAAUCAUACAUUCACAGAUCAUUACGUCAAUAUUCCAAUUGAUCUAAGCAAGGUUCUUUUCAUUGCAACUGCUAAUAGCCUUGACACUAUUCCUCCUCCUCUGCUAGAUCGUAUGGAAACCAUCGGUCUAUCAGGAUACACCACUCUCGAAAAGCGCCACAUCGCUCUCCAGCAUCUGAUCCCAAAGCAGAUACGGACAAAUGGUCUCGGGGAUGGACAGGUCGAGUUCAACAACGAUGUAGUGUCCAAAAUCAUCGAGUCAUACACUCGGGAGUCUGGUGUGAGAAAUCUUGAAAGAGAGAUUGGCUCAGUCUGUCGUGCGAAGGCUGUGGAGUACGCUGAAGCAAAAGACGCUGGCCAUUCGGAGAAGUACAAGCCCCAGCUGUCCGUAGAAGAUAUCGAGGAGAUCCUUGGUAUCGAGAAGUACGAUGAAGAAAUUGCCGAGAAAACAAGUCGACCUGGGAUCGUGACCGGUCUCGUGGCUUACAGCUCAGGUGGGAACGGGAGUAUACUUUUCAUUGAAGUCGCCGACAUGCCUGGAAGCGGGAGUGUGCAGCUUACAGGAAAGCUGGGAGAUGUCCUGAAGGAGAGUGUUGAGGUAGCACUAAGCUGGGUAAAAGCCCAUGCUUACGAGCUGGGAUUGACAGCUGAUCCCUCGGAAAAUAUCAUGAAGAAUCGCAGCAUCCACGUCCAUUGCCCAUCAGGGGCAAUCCCAAAGGAUGGACCGUCAGCUGGGAUGGCGCAUACGAUCGCCCUCAUCUCCUUGUUCUCCGGCAAAGCCGUCCCUCCAACAAUGGCUAUGACUGGAGAAAUUUCUCUUCGCGGCCGAGUCACUGCAGUUGGAGGUAUCAAGGAGAAGCUCAUUGGUGCUCUCCGUGCUGGCGUCAAGACCGUUCUCCUACCUGCCCAGAAUAAGAAAGAUGCAAAGGAUCUGCCACAAGAAGUCAAGGAUGGACUGGAAAUUAUCCACAUCAGGCACAUCUGGGAGGCAAUGCAGCAUGUCUGGCCCGGAGUACACUGGCCUGGAGAGCAGAACUUUGCUGGCAUCGAGAGCCGAUUGUAGCUCAUCUUUCGAGCGAUUUUUGACACGGCCUCCCGCUGCAUUGUACAACGUAUUCCCCCCUUUUCCCACUGGUUUCUUGUAUCUGCCCUAUUUCUGUCCAAGAGUUGCAGCACAGUGCAGGGAAUUGGGAGGCAGGAAGGUGGUUUGAUUGGCCCCAUUCUCGGAUCUCGAGGCCGAGAAAUGGUGUCACGGCGUCAGACUAUCUCGCACUGCAUGUAUGUAAUGUAACUACCGCCAUCAAUCACCUGAAGAUUCUUUUGAUGCAACUUGAACACAUGCUACCCCUUUUGCCCUAGCACAAGCCUGUAUGAUCUGCCUUGAACCCUGUAUCGUCGUCCCAAGCAUUCCAAAUUCUUUCCAAAUGAAACAAGGCGGACUCUGAGCCCAUACCACUUCUGUUUACUUCUCGCUUCUUUUCUUGCAUCAUAUCCCCCGCAGCUUACCCGGCCUCCUACCCUCGCUGCAAGAUUAGCCAAUCCUUUAUUGUCAUCCACAUCUCUCUACCCCUCCUGUUCACGCACGUAUCCCCGUACAGACAUAUGCAAGCCGCUCAACACAGGCGCAACACAACAUAUGCAUGCAAGUCGCCGCUCCGAAUACUUCGGAACCAAGGCUAGGAAAGCGGCGAUCUGUUCGCUUGAUUCCGAGGUGGGUGGGAAAGGCAAGGCGAGGUAAGGAUGUGCCUACGGUGUAGAUGUUAUGUAGUGGAAUGGUUUAGUGUAUGGACAUGGAUAGACAUGACUGGCAAAGCUGUGUUCUGCAGGAGAUUGAACGUAUGAAAAGCACGAGGAUGCAGCUGAAAUAUGAGCUUGCCAUUGAUCUGCAUGGUACUUGCCAGCUUGCUUGCACUGAUAUCGGAUUUGCGAUGGAGGCAGAAUCCACUAAAUAAACUUGAAAACGCCAGCCAAAGAAGCUGAGUAUCACAACGCAACACACAAACUUCUGGGCCUUGUUCGUGGGAAUCCCCUGGGUAUGCUUGCAUAUCUGCAUCGGUGCUCUUCAUGCAUGCAAGUAUACGGAUUAGAAGUGUUCGUGAGCCACAAGGACAUCGAGCAACUUGAAGGAAGGACACAUCAGAAAAGGUGAAGGUGGACAUCGGUGUAAGCUACGCAAGCAGUUCAUGCACAGUCCCGGAGAUGUAUUACCAUCUGGUGUAAUCGCACAUGUACGAAAAAUCGAUGCCUG